AUGUGGGCUUUUAUGGCCGAAAACACUUUCAGCGCAGCACUCCCAAGAUUAGCGCAACAGUCUGUUGAUUUUCUUAUUGUUGAAAUAGAUAAUGUGGAAAAUGGUGACCGUGUUGUUGACAUUGAUCUCGACGAGGAUAACGACUGGUAUGAAAAUAGAGCUGCCUAG